UAAACAUGGCUGGCGUGUCCGCGCAGCCGGCCCGUCCGGAGCGCGCGUAGGGGGCUCCGGUGCUGCUCUGGGUCUGUAGUUUUGAAGUUUCUGGCGGGGGAACUACCGCGCAGUUAGGCUUGGAAGUGAGAGCCCGAGUGACGCCCUUCCGGGAGCUGUGCGUCCGGGCUCAGCUGCAGCUGGAUCGGAGGCUGAGGCGCCGGGCUGAGCCGGCGCACGUGUGAGUGCUGCUGAGGAAGCGGCAAGCGCCUGUGCGGGUGUUGCUGCCCCGGCUCGCGCGGACGGGAGGCAGAUCUGGGACGCGCGGCUGCUGCUGCCUAGCCCGCGCCCACCACCGAUUUCUCUGCCGCGGCCCCCGAGCCUUUCCCCAGCGAUGCUGUGGAGCCAGAACUGCGCUGGAGUCGGCGUGUCAAACCUCUGCUCACCUCAGCUCCCGGAACGGCAGCGCUGCAGCUGCCGCUGAUCCCUUGGGGGGAUGCCCGCGGGCCUCAGCGAAUCGUCCGGUGCCGCUCCUCCGGUUGUUGGGGGCGCCUCGGGGACCGUGACUAUGGCCCCUGCCGGGGCUCUGCCGGUCCGGGUAGAGAGCACCCCGGUGGCCCUGGGCGCCGUGACUAAGGCUCCUGUCAGUGUCUGCGUGGAGUCCACGGCGUCCCAGCCUCUGCGGUCCCCCGUGGGGACCCUAGUGACCAAAGUGGCUCCUGUCAGUACUGUUCCUAAAUUCAGUGGCCCUAGGCUGCCUGCUCCCCAGAUCGUCACCGUGAAAGCCCCCAGCGCCACUACGAUCCAGUUGCCUGCUAAUUUGCAGCUUCCUCCAGGAACAGUUUUGAUCAAAAGUAACAGUGGUCAGUUGAUGUUGGUAUCUCCUCAGCAAGCCAUUACAAGAGCUGAGACCACAAGUAACAUAGCUGCAAGGCCAGCAGCACCAACAAAUGCUCAAACAGUCAAAAUCUGUACAAUGCCGAAUUCUAGCUCACAAUUAAUCAAGAAAGUGGCUGUGACACCUGUUAAAAAGUUGGCUCAGAUAGGAACUACUGUGGCAACCACUGGUUCGAACCCUUCCUCAGUACAAUCUGUGGCUGUGCCAACCAAUGUUGUCACAGUUACUCCUGUAAAGCCGGCAAGUACUGUAUCUACCUUGAAGACUUCAAGUGUGGGAUCAUCACCUACCCCUUCAAAUGAACCUAAUCUGAAAGCAGAGAAUUCAGCAGCUGCUCAGACUGAUCUUUCUCCGACAAUGCUAGAAAACGUGAAGAAAUGUAAGAACUUCCUGGCAAUGUUAAUAAAACUAGCAUGCAGUGGAUCACAGUCUCCAGAAAUGGGGCAGAAUGUGAAGAAGCUGGUAGAACAACUUUUGGAUGCAAAAAUUGAAGCAGAAGAAUUUACAAGGAAAUUGUACGUUGAACUGAAGUCUUCACCUCAGCCUCAUCUAGUUCCUUUUCUUAAGAAAAGUGUUACUGCCUUACGACAACUUCUACCUAAUUCCCAGAGCUUCAUUCAGCAGUGUGUUCAGCAGACUUCUGGUGAGGUGGUUAUUACCACCUGUACCUCAACAGCAACACCUCCUGUGGCAACAACUACAGUUUCUUCAGCCCAGUCUGAAAAGCCCAUCAUUGUUUCUGGAACAACAACACCUAGAACUGUAUCUGUGCAAGCUCUGAAUCCACUUGCUGGUCCAGGGGGUGCAAAAACUGGAGUUGUGACACUACAUUCUGUGGGUCCAGCUUCUGUACCAGGAGGAACAACAUCUGGAACUGUUUUGCUUCAGACUUCAAAACCACUUGUGACAUCGGUACCAAAUUCAGUAACAAAUGUCUCACUUCAACCUGAGAAACCAGUAGUCUCUGGAGCAGCAGUAACACUGGCUCUUCCAUCAGUAACUUUUGGAGAAACUUCAGCUGCAGCUCUUUGUAUUCCAUCUGUGAAACCUGUCAUUUCUUCUGCUGGGACCACACUUGACAAACCUGUCAUUGGCACUCCAGUCCAAAUCAAACUUGCCCAGCCGGGCCCCCUUCUUUCACAGCCAGCUGUUAUUCCACAGUCGGUUAAAGUCAAGCAACUAGUUGUCCAGCAGCCUUCAGGAGGCAUUGCAAAACAAGUGACCACAAUUUCCCAUUCCCCAGCAUUGACCAUUCAGAAAUCUGGACAGAAUAAGAUGCCAGUGAAUACUGUAAUACCUGCUACUUCCAUUCUAAAGCAAAUUACUUUGCCUGGAAAUAAAAUUCUGUCGCUUCAAACAUCUACUCUUCAGAAAAAUAAAGUAAAAGAGAAUGGAACUACAUGCUUCAGAGAUGAAGAUGACAUCAAUGAUGUGACUUCCAUGGCAGGGGUCAAUCUCAAUGAAGAAAAUGCCUGCAUCUUAGCAACAAAUUCUGAAUUGGUUGGUACACUCAUUCAAUCAUGUAAAGACGAGCCAUUUCUUUUCAUAGGAGCUCUACAAAAGAGAAUUUUGGACAUUGGUAAAAAGCAUGACAUUACGGAACUUAACUCUGAUGCUGUGAACUUGAUCUCCCAUGCAACACAGGAGAGAUUACGAGGCCUUCUAGAAAAACUGACGACAAUUGCUCAGCAUCGAAUGACUACUUACAAGGCAAGUGAAAAUUAUAUCCUGUCUAGUGAUACUCGGUCACAGCUCAAAUUCCUUGAAAAGCUGGAUCAAUUGGAGAAACAGAGAAAAGAUUUAGAAGAAAGAGAAAUGUUACUUAAGGCAGCCAAGAGUCGUUCCAAUAAAGAAGAUCCAGAACAGCUGAGAUUAAAGCAGAAAGCCAAAGAGUUACAGCAAUUGGAACUCGCCCAGAUACAGCACAGAGAUGCUAAUCUCACAGCUCUUGCAGCUAUUGGACCAAGGAAAAAGAGACCACUCGAAUCUGGAAGUGAGGGAUUAAAAGACAACUUUCUUGCUUCCGGGGCAUCAAGCCUGACAGCCACCAAACAGUUGCUUCGUCCAAGAAUCACGAGAGUCUGCCUCAGGGACUUGAUAUUCUGUAUGGAACAGGAAAGGGAGAUGAAGUAUUCUCGAGCUCUGUACCUUGCCCUUCUGAAGUGACCGCUUCCAUCCAGAUCCUUGCUAUUUACUGCCAAAGAAGACAAAAAAAAGAGAUGCACUGUCCUGAAAUCUCUCUUUCUGGAAAAUCAGUCACCAGUAUGAAAGACCACUGUUUACAGUUAGAAGUUUUUACUAAAUCUUACCUGUACAGCUCAUGGGGUUCUUAUAGCUGAGAAUUCAGUUUGAUCUUCUGAAAAUCAGUUGUGCAGUACCCUUUACAGAGAAGUAGCAUCUGCCCCCCUGUGAGUUUAAUUAUAGCAAGUUAAGGCUCCGUUUGUUACUACCUGCUUCAUUUGCCAAACUUCAUUUGCCAUGAGGUGUCUUUCCCUUAGUACCUCCUGCAUUGAGAUGUGGGAGAAAAGACGAGUUACCACUUACCAAGAAAAGGUAUUUUGUCCUACACUGAGCCUAUCUCAAAGUGUUGGGCUUUCUAGGCUGGAAUCAGAAGCUGCUUAGCUAACUAUGACAGUGGUCACCUUCUCUAGUUGAAGGUGACAGGCCACAGAGUAAGCCUUUGGUAACUUGGGUUGGCUGAGCCCCAUUGUUGUCCAGAUAAGACACAUGGGGACAGGUUGUGCCUGAGGUUGCUAAUUCUCUGGCUAAUCUCACUAUGUGCUGCUUCUGAUACCAAGUUGGGGGACGUCCUUGUCAGGAAAACCUUACGGUUGAAGCUGCUGCUUAUAUACCCUGUUGGAAAAUGGGAAAGGUGGGAAGCACUGGAAGGAAUAAUGAAGGGAAGAAGAAAAUGGAAUCCUAAGACAGGAAGUGUGCUGCGUGUGCCCAGGGAUGGAGGGAUGGAAUCGGAACUCCUAAUAAACUGGUACAUGUUCUGUUGAUGAAGGGAGAAAAAUCACAGUCCAACUAAAAAGGAAAAUGGUCAUCAAACAUUUUCAAAGGGUGUUAUUUUUUUUUUUUUUGUAUUAUUUUAAAACCCAAGAAGAUGAUUUUUGUAGUUCCUUCUCUUGUAAAAUCUUUUAGUUAUCCUAAGUUUUAAACAUCUUGGUACAUUUAGAAAAUCCUAAUUCAUGAUGAGAAAUUUUAAACAAAAGACUCCCUCUUGGAUUCUGUACUUAAAAGGUACUGUCAGCAUCUCACUCUUGGGAUCCUGGCACUAAAUGUGAGAAACACAUUACAUGAAUCUUUUUGAGGAAAAAGCAUAUGUGCAAAGAGCAAACACUUUUUUUUUAAUCUUUAUUUAUUUAUUUUUAAUUCCACCAAUGUGUAUUGUGGAUAGCAAAAAUAUAUAUAUAUAGUGGUUAUUAGAGUCACAUACAGAAAGAAAGCUUAAAUCCUCCAAGAAGAUUUUUUUUAAAUGGGAAAUGCUGGACUUCUUAGUAAAGGAAUGUAGAGAGAAAAACACCUCAUAUGUUACUCUUCACCCUGUUCUUCCCACUGGGAUUGUUACAGCCAUCUUCUAUACUGUAGUAAUAUUUAAAUUGGCCACAUGUUUUUGUUUCAGCAAGUUAUUAUGUAAAAUGCUGUAAAUUAUGUAUGUGUUGAAAGAGUACUUUAAGAAAGAGAUCUAUACCCAAAGUUGUUUUUGUAUAUUUAAAUGCUUAGCUUUAUUUUUUUUGUAAAGUGCAGCAUACUCCUACAUUUGUGUAUAAUCUUAUUGAUCAGAUGUUUAAAGUUAUUUCAAAU